AUGGAUGCUAUCGGAACGUUGGAGUUGUCUUGGGCCCAAGGCUAUUCUGGGACACAAACAGCUUAUGUCGACAAAGAUGUCCUUUGUUAUUUGUGUGGAAGCAAUGUGAAGUUUGUUGCUGAAGAUGGAGCGGAAACAGUAUUCAAUUUUAAAGGAAAUGGAGUCGGGCCUUUUGCAGUCCACCCAAAUGCUAAAUGCUUUGCUAUUGCUGAAAAAUGCCUUGAUCCAAAAAUAUUCAUCUUUGUUUACCCAACAUUCCGUCAACUUGGAAUUAUUGAAGGUGGAACCAAACUGGAGUACAACAACAUUGUGUUUUCUACCAGUGAAUAUUUGGCCACAGUUUCUGGUAUCCCAGAUUUUGAGUUGACUUUCUGGAAAUAUACCACUGGUGCUAAAUUGACAUCUGUACAAAUGACCAACUCUCCAGUUAGAUGUUUACAAUUCAAUCCAGGAAACUGGCGUCAAAUCUGUAUUGGAACUGAAAAAGAACUCACAGUGUGGCAAAUGGAACAGAGUAAUGAUGCAUUCAUGCUACAACCCCAGAAGGUCAAGUUGCCCCAUGAGGAUUCCUCCUGGUGGGAAGAAGAGAAGGAAAAGGACCAGAGCAUGUCUCGUGCAUCAACUCGCAUGAGUAGAUACACUGUAGAUGUUCCUAAGGCAGCCAUUGCAGGUCUAGUGGGAGACAUGGACGACCAUCUGGAGGAUAUCCAGGACCGGUCACCACGUGUGGUGCCAUCUUCCUCAGCCUGGACCACUAGUGGGGAUAUCUAUAUUGGGUGCAAAGGAGGCCAUCUUUUAAGGGUUGAUGGUGAGACAUUUAAAGCACGAGUGAUAUACCAUCCUCCUCCCCGAGCUGAGACGCCUCUGUCCAGGGCUACAAGUGCUGCAAGUGCCAGCAGGGGUCCAUCUAUGGCAGAUCUUGGCCAGUCAAGAACAAAGAAAAGUGUUCGUAUGGGUACCAAUGUGACAGAUGAUUUUAAUGUGAUGAUAUUGGAGGGAAGUUUGGACUGUAUCGGACUACAUCGUAAAGGUCUUUAUGCUGCUGGACAGGAUGGAGUAUUGAGGCUGAUAAGUCUGAAGUCAGACGAGAUUCAAAUCAUUGAACAAAGUCGUGUGGGUUAUCCAGUCUCUUCAUUAGCCUUCUCUCACAGCUAUCGUCAUAUUGCACUGGGCUCAACAAAGGGAUCUUUGUUCCUUUAUGAGGCUGGAGCACCUGAGUCUAUGAAAAUGCUGAAAAGUAUCCACUAUGGAAACUACAUGGGCAUGAGCUGUUUGUCCGGAAACGAAUAUGUCGCUUCUGUGCGUGAGGAUGGUGAAGUCCAAAUCUGGUCGAUUGAUAAAGGUUUCCUGCAGUCGUCCAUCUCUGUUGGGUUCCAGGCAUUGUGUAUCGCCAGUAGUCCCAUGGUAAAGGUUGUUGCUGUCGGGGCAGGAAAUGGUUAUGUCUAUUUCCUUGAUUUCACUGACAUUCAGCAUCCUCGUGUCGUCUCCUCUAUCCGAAUGUUUGAAGUGCCAAUAACCCAUCUUGUCUUUGAGUCCCAUGGACGUUUUCUGCUGAUGGGCUCGGACAAUGGUAACAUCUUUAUCCUUGAUGGCAGACCUUCCAAGAAUUUCUCUCCUAUAGGAUAUACAUCCAUUGUAGGGGAAAUCCAAUCCAUCUCAACCAUUACAGAAAAGGAUGUGCUCAAAGUGGCAGUGACAGCCAACAAUUCUGGAAACAAACGAAACGGUGCCACAAACCUAAUCACCUUUGAACUCUCAGAGGAUGUUGUUGGCGAUUUGAAGAAGAAUGUAAAUAGUCUGAAAUAUGACUUCAAGGAUGACUCAAUCAAGAAGCUGACAUUGACUUUCUCCACACCAAGCUAUGGAGCAGCCAUCGGAGAGAACCAAACAGUGUAUACCAUGGCACAGAAUUCUAAGAGAAUUCACCAGAUCAUUUUACCCUCUGAGACACCAGAGGUGAAGGAUUUUUUUAUUUAUAUUUUGAAAAUAAUUCAAAAUAUGUUUUGAAUGGUUUAUCAGGGAAAGGCUGUGGCUGUUUUACCUGAGGCUGAAUUCCAGGGACACCAGCUUCCAGGGGGUAAACUACAGUUGUCUCCCCAUGGCAAGUGGCUUGCAACCUGUGGAUCAGAUGGUUCCGUUAUGAUCAGGUCAACCACAACCAUGGAUCGUUAUAUUUCUAUCACUCCACAUGACUUCCACAAUCGUGGAGUGAGUGUGAUCGUAUUCUCUGAGGAUGGUCAGAACAUUUUCACAACUGGCUUUGAUGGCAUUCUCACCUGUUACGCAUGGAAUUUUACUGCCACUGGUAUUGGGAAGGCAAAGUCUGCCAUGGAAGCCUCGCGUGCCCGAAAAACCAAAAUGAUGACCAUCCAAAAAGAUGAGGAAGAGGCUCUUGGCGCAUUGUCUGACUGGAUGCCUUCGGCUGGAUCACGACCUACAUCCACCACCGUAGAUAAAGAGGAUAAGGUUGCUCAAGCUAUGCAGGCAGCUCGAGAGUCAGAUGAAAUCUACACCACACCCACACCAGUGCCACCGUCAGAUGCAACAUGGCUACAUAUCCAGUCAAUAGAGAACUUGAAGAAGGAGGACAACCAGUUUGCAGAUGUCAAGAAGGACUUAAGACUACAAAUUCGAGAGAUGAGACGAACAAUUCAAGGAAUGUUGAAACAGAAUGAAGCUCUACCAGACAUUGAGAAACUAGGUCGCCAUGAGUUCGACCUUGACAUUGAAGAACAGAACAGACUCCAACAAGAGGCUGACAAUGAAGUUCAAAGGGUGGAGGAAGAGAUUGAAUUUGAUAAUUUAGCAAAGAUUUAUCUUCGUGAGAUGAUCAAGAAAGAAUGCUGGGAUGAAAUGAAAGUAAAAGGGCGAUCCAUUCAGGCUUUCCGUUCGACACUGGAAGUGAGUAACUUUCCGAUGCAAGAGAGACCAUUAGAGAUGGAGAAACUUUUACAAACCAUUACAGUCCGCCGACAGAUUGAAGUGGCAGAAUUGGCUGCAAGAAAAGCUGAGAUUGAAUUACCUCAGAAACCCACUGGUACAACCACUGCGCUUUUGCUAAGUAUGAUUCAACAACAGAUGUAUGGUCAUGAAGAUGAUACAGGUGAAAAUGACGAUGUUGAUGAAGAUGGCAAAGAGAAACCCUCUACCACAGGAAGUUUGGGUGCCAUGUUUGGAGGUGCAAACGAGUUGUUCUACAGUCAAUUUGACCUGCACACCAGGGAACAGAAGACCACACAGAUCAUACUGUUAGAGGAUGCUAUCCAUAGGAUCAAGCUUACCUUCAACAAGGAGUUCGAGGAAGUCUACCAGAGAAAGAUACAGGAUAUUUCUAAAAUCAAGGAAAAGAACAAGAAAAUCUUGAAGAACAUGAGAGAUCUCAGUAUAAAUGAGGAGAUUAUUGAGCCAGAACUAAGUGUUCUGGAAAAUCCAGAGAGUAUUCUGACAGUGGAUGAUAGCGAGAUUAAGGUGGAGAAAUACCUCACACCAGCUCAGAGGAAGAAGAAAGAGAUCCAGGAUAAACUAGAUGAGGAAAGAAGAGCUAGAGAAAAGGGAGACAAUGCUCGUGAACGUGGUCUGGAUAUGAUGAUGGGUGGAGUUCUGGAAAUCAAGAAAGAAGAUGAACUCAAAAAGGAUGUCCCAAAGCCUGCUUUCAUGUCUUUGAAAGAGGAAUCUGACUGGACAGAGGAUGAACAAAAAGCUGCCAAGGAGUACGAGCGUAAAGUGAAGGAGCUGAAUGAAGAAAGGGAGAAAUAUCGCAAGCAACUGGAAGCAGAACUUCGUAAGAUGCAGGGUGUCAUCAGUGACAGUAUGACACUGUUUGAUGAAACACUCAACCAGUUGUUCAUGAAGAAAAUCAAGGUCAUGAUGGUUCUUUAUCAGGAGGAACUGAAGAUCCUUCGUCUCCGAUACAACCUUCUGUUGGAGGAGGAGUUGGAGACACGUGAGAGGGACCUCAACCAUCUUCUGGAGCACAAGAAAAACAUGAAGGUGAUCACUGCUCAAGCCAUGAUGGAGUCCAAGAAGCAUGUUGAUGCCUUCAGAGAACAGUAUGACAUUCUCCUGGCCGAGGACAAGGUCAUGGAUAGAUCAUUCAAGCGUGAAUUCCAUGAUGUCACAGCACUGCAGCAAGACCAGCUGUACAGACUUUUCCGUAAACGCCCCAAGGUUCCACGUCUGAAGGGAUACGAUGCCCCAGCACCUUCCUCUGUCGAUCCUUCCAUUCCAAAUCCAUUUGCGGAUCGGCCUUCCACAGCGAGUUACAACACUCGUGCCAAGAACCAGCUGGAACACUCUAUCGCUGAUCUUGAUAAGGACAUCAAUGCUCCAGAGGGCAUCGAACUCCACAUCUGGCAACGACUGUGUAAAUACCGUCGGGAAAAGAUUGAAAAUGAUGUCCUGACAAAAGAGAAAGCUCUGAUACUGGCUGAAAUGGAAGCAUUCCUUCGAAAGAGACAAGACGAAGAUGAACAAAUAAAAAACGAUAUUGAUGGAAUUUAUGACACUCUCAACAAACUGAAGGACGACCGUCAACGUUUUAAUCUGAACCUAGAAGUGCAGCUGAUGCUGAAACAGGGACAGGUCGAGGUGGAUACAAGUACCUUCAUCCAUGACUACAAGGACAGUGCUCUCAUCCACAGAAGUGUUGUCGAAGAGCUCAACAGCAAUAUCAAGCAACUAGGAGAGAGUAAAAUCGCCAGUAUGGUUGAAAGUAAGGACUUCCGAAAAGGCAUUAUACAGCUGGAAUGGGAACACAAGAAAAUGAUUAUGCAAAUGGAAGAUUUCCAAAACAGAAUGAAAGAUAUUCAAUUUAUGAAAGUGACAAGAGAAAUUCAGUUGUAUUUGUCCAAUUCAGACUAUGAUGGAAAGAAACAAGAAGAGAUUGGAAAACUUGAACAAACUAUACUGACACAGCUGAGGCAUCAUGAAAGGAAAGUUGCAGCCAAGAAACAGCAAUUACGGGAACUCGGGAGGACUCACAAAUUCAAGGACGAUGAAAAUCGGGAAAUGGACAAUGAGCUCACAGAGCUACAUGUCACUGUCAAUGAGAGACGUCACAUUGAUGCUGUCAAUGCUGAUCGGAGAUCAGAUUUUGGCCGAGAAAGACGAUAUCAGGAGAUUGUACAGAGGAGGAAGUUAGUUGACCUUGCAAAAGCACAGGCACAGGAAGUAGCUGUGUUACGUGCCGAGGUAGAACGACUACGUAUGCGAACAUUCCCUGCUCUUGUACAAGUGGAACACUAAAGGACAAUUGGUGUUUGUGUGACAGUCAAAAAUUGUGAUAUUUGUGAAGAAGGAAGUGAAAAUUGACUUGUACUGUCAUUGACAGUAAA